AUGGAGCCGGGGGAGAAGGUUUUAUCAGAAGUUCAUUUAUAUCACACAUGUGAAGCUUUGUCAACCAACAUAAGAAAUUCGGUCACAAGAUUUGAAAUCAAAUUCCCAUCAAGUGACAGUGUUCAGACAAAAAACAAUGCUGAACAAGAAGCGAUCAAUGUGGACACUACAGAACCUGCGGAGGACAGAACAGAAGCAGAACCCUGUCUGUCACGCCUGGAGGUCGAUGAGGAUGGCGACCUGAUUCUACCUAGGUGUAGGAACAGUGAAGACAAGGCAGUGAUUACCUUAGAACACAGACUUGCUACAGAAUUAAAGGAUGUUGGUGAACAGGUGUGGACUGCAGCGCUGCUACUCUGUGAUUACAUCCUCCACCACAAGGCCGAUUUCUCCGGGAGGACUGUCCUCGACCUCGGAGCAGGUACAGGACUGACAACGAUAGUUGCUGCCAUGACGGCUAAAACUGUUUACUGUACAGAUGUGGGUGAAAGUGUGCUCAGUAUGGCCCAUCAUAACAUAGAGCUGAAUGCCGACCUCACAUCUAGCUGUAAUGUCGUGGUCAGGGAGCUGGACUGGUGUCAGGACCGCCUUGUACCAGGAAAAGAGAACUUUGGAUUGAGUGAAUCAGACAUUGCGGAUCUCCUGCUAGCCGAUGUCAUCAUUGCUGCUGAUGUGAUCUAUGAUGAUGACAUGACUGAUGCCCUGUUAAGGACGAUACAACUUCUGAUGUCACAAGGACCAGCAAAGACGAUGUAUAUGGGACUAGAAAAAAGACUGGUAUUCACCCUGGCCGACCUGGACAUAGCCUGUCCAGCUUACACCCACUUCUUUGAGGGCCUGUUUAAGCUUCAGCAGAAUGGCUGUGAUGGGAGACAACUCCUGUACUCCCAAGUUGAUGAAGACCUGCCCAUGUACCUCAACUACAACAGGACCAAGGAACUGGAAAUUUGGAAAUUUCAAUCUGUCAUACCAAACGAAUGAUCGUACCAACCCCUUGGUCUUAUCCAUUGGGAGAAAGAUCAGGAUCUAGAGGAUAUUGCCAAGAUCUGAGUGACAGUCCAAACAUAAGGAUCAGGAUCUAGAGGAUAUUGCCCAGAUCUGAGUGACAGUCCAAACAUAAAGAUCAGGAUCUAGAUGAUAUUGCCAAGAUCUGAGUGACACUCCAAACAUCAAGAUCAGGAUCUAUAGGAUA